GGUGCUUUGUUGCAACUAGAAUUCAUCGGAGGAUUAGAAGAAGUAGAUGGACCAGAGUACGGGGAAGACGAUUGGCAUAGGACGUGAGUCUCAAGGCCUCUAUCACCUCACCUCACCUUCAACUCCUGCAGUUUGCAUUUCCAUUGAUGCUCCCCUCCUCAUCCACAGUUGCCUGGGCCACCCUAGUCUAUCCAAGUUCCAGAAAAUGGUCCCUAGUUUUUCAUCUUUGUCGUCGCUUGCGUGUGAGUCCUGUCAGCUUGGGAAACAUACUCGUCUCUCGUUCCCAAAUUGUUUGAAUAAUCAGGCAAAGUCUCCUUUUGAACUUGUCCACACUGAUGUUUGGGGUCCUUGUCGGACCGCGUCUAAUUUAGGAUUUCAGUAUUUUGUUACUUUCAUUGAUGACUAUUCUCGAUGUACUUGGUUAUUUUUAAUGAAAAAUCGAGCUGAGUUAUUCUCUAUUUUCCAGAAAUUUUAUGCUGAAAUCCAAACCCAGUUCAAUAUUUCUAUUCGUGUGUUCCGCAGUGACAAUGCUAGGGAAUAUUUUUCUGCACCAUUUACUUCAUUUAUGUCCCAACAUGGGAUCAUUCAUCAGUCAUCUUGUGCUCAUACUCCUCAACAAAAUGGGGUAGUUGAACGUAAGAAUCGACAUCUUGUUGAAACAACUCGUACUCUCUUUCUCCAUAGUCAUAUCCCUUUUCGUUUUUGGGGGGACGUUGUUCUUACAGCAUGUUAUUUGAUUAAUCGUAUGCCCUCAUCUGUAUUACACGAUUAGGUUCCUCAUUCCCUUCUUUUCCCUGACCAACCACUUUAUUUCCUUCCUCCUCGUGUUUUUUGUUGUACUUGCUUUGUUCAUAUUCUCACUCCUAGACAGGACAAACUUUCUACCAGAGCCACAAAAUGCAUCUUCUUAGGAUAUUCCAGACUUCAAAAGGGUUAUCGUUGUUAUUCCUCUGAGACUCAUCGCUACUUUCUCUCCGUUGAUGUCACUUUCUUUGAGGACUCACCGUUCUUCUCCACCUCUAAGUCUCUUCCUGUUUCUGAAGUCUUACCCCUUCCCAUUAUCUCCCCACUUGAUGCAGUGCCUUAUUGCCCACUUUAGGUUUAUUAUCGCCGUCAUCGUGUCGCUGUUCCUCUUUCUUUGGCCGAGGUACCUACUGACUCACUUCCUAUCCCUUCAGCUUCUCUUGCCCCGGCUUUGCCUCCUUCUGCUGACUUACCCAUUGCUCUUCGGAAAGGUAAUCGAUCUACUCGUAAUUCUCAUCCCAUUUACAAUUUUUUGAGUUACCAUCGAUUAUCUUCACCCUAUUCUGCAUUUGUUUCUGCUAUAUCUUCUGUUUCUCUUCCCAAGAGCAACCCUGAGGCUCUUUCCCAUCCAGACUGACGACAGGCAAUAUUAGAUGAAAUGGCUGCUUUACA